AGCACAUGAGAGACAGGUGCAGCACAGACAUUAAUAAUAAUAAUUAAAAAUGUUCUGGCUGGCUUUGGGAUUUAUUUUGUGCCUGACACCGCCCGUGGUCCAAGGUGCAACAGACGAUUUCGUGUGGUGUUACCAUAACGCAUCGUGCAACGAUGCUACGUGGCCAUCAAAUAUUCCAAAAUUCUGCAAUGGUUCUCGACAGUCUCCAAUUAACAUCGUUUCUCAAGACGCCACUUUAGAUACAAAUUUAACAGCUUUCAAUUUCACUAACUAUGACAGCAAGUCUGUCCUCACCAAGAUAGAGAACACCGGGGAAACAAUCAAAGUGACUUUUGGCAGCGGUGUGGCGUUGUCCGGGGGCGGGCUGUCCGGGACCUAUGACUCCCUGCAGUUCCACUUGCACUGGGGCAACGGCAGCUCUGUCCCGGGCUCUGAGCACACCGUGGAUGGGAAGCGCUAUCCUAUGGAGUUUCACAUCGUGAGCAUUAAAUCACAGUAUAAUGGAAACACAAGUCUAGCAACUGAAGAUUCUACAGGAGCUGCUGCCCUCGGGUUCUUUAUUGAUGUGGACGAAAACACAACAGGAGAACCAGCUGCUUGGAAGACCCUGACCUCAUAUCUGUCCAACAUUACGCUGGAAGGUCAGUCUGUCACUAUGUCUGAGGGGAUUUCUCUGGAUGACCUCCUGCCUGGAGUUAACCGCAGCAGAUAUUACCGCUACCUGGGCUCGCUCACCACCCCCCUCUGCUAUGAGAUAGUAGUCUGGACUGUCUUCAAGGAGUCUGUGAAAAUCAGCAAGGAUUUGAUUGACAAGUUCGCCAACACUGUGCACAUUGGCAACAGCACUUCAACGCCGUUAUUAACUAAUUGCUACAGAAAUGUCCAGCCAGCACAGUCUGUAACCCAGAGCUCCAGCUCAAAGAUAAACUUCUCUUAUGGGCUCAUUGUCCUUAUUGUUGCACUGUGCAUGAGAUAAGAGUCAAAAUGUGAAAAGAUAUAACUGUCUACACACACGCACACACACACACACACACACACACACUAAAUUAUAUAAGCUGCUAGUGUACAGUACUGAGGGUGUGGAACACAUUUGAUUACAAUCAUCAAGAUCAUAUUAACUUAUGUGAUGAAGGCUGUGGAUAGCCCUUUGAAUGUCUUUACACGUGCAGCUGAUGUUCAUAAUUGUUGCCUGAAUGUUCUUUGAGUUGUUUUAUUUGGCACUGGCACAGCUUCUACAGUUGAAUAAUGGUUGAAUGCAGAAGCAUUGUAACUACUAACAUACAGUGUGUUGCUAUGUCAGCUACAGGAAAUACUGGAUCUGUUAAAUUUGUUAUUUCGGUAUGAUGAAGGAUGCCAUUCAUUUAACCUUGUUCAAACCUGACUUGAACUUUUGAUUGAUGAAAUAAAAUAAUCCUAUCAAACAAAA